GAAUUCGAAUUAAAGGGCCCCACAAGGAGGAGCCAAACAAUUCUAAUUUUCAAAGCGAAUGAAAAUCUAUAAAUAAAAUACGAACGGGUUCGGAACAGCAAUUUCGCGAACAAGGGAAUUCUAUAUGAUAAUUCAUAUCAAAAUUGAAACAAAAGUUAAAAACUUUUUUUGACAUUCUGCUUGCCCGUACUAUAAUUUCAGUGUAACCUGUAACCUAGACGAGAAUCCAUAUACCGGUCCUCGAACCACCAAAAUAAAGACUUGUCAAAAUAGUAGUGUCAUUGUUUGGUGGAGGUGUUUUCUGCGUUUGUUCCGAAGUUUUCUAACUAGCGUAUAUACUAAACGCAUUGGAGAUUUCACACGAAUAGUACAGACUAUACAUUUUGGAAAGUAGCCAUGGCGAAAUUAUUUUUAGGUGUUAGAAUUCCAAACCGCGCAUAUGAGAGAUUGCUCAUGGAAGAUGUCGAUUUCGAACAAAGCGUUCUUGGACUGCGAGACCAAAUUGCGAAGAAGUUGGAUGUCCCAAAGGAGGAAAUUGAAUUGCUCUACUGUGGUAAUGUUCUCGAAGAUGACGAAAAAAUAAGCGAUUUAAACAUCAAACCAAACACCACCAUCCAUGUACUCAAGAAAACAACAAAAGCGCCCAACUACUCGACAACUGCUACUUUUACAGAUACUGAUUGCCAGCGGAUUGCCGAUACUUUUAUGGAAGUGACUGGUACUCAAAUUAACGUUCAGUCACGGAUGAAUAUCUUACAGAAAAUACUAGAUGAAUAUCCUGAAUUCAGACGUAAUUUAGGUGCACAAGCGCUUAUUCGUGACUCGGUGCUUUUUAACUCGCUUGAUAAAUAUGAUGUGAUUAAGAAAGUGUCUCAGAAUUAUCCGCUAAUUUGUGAUGCAGCAGAUUUUAUAGUGAAAACAGUCAAGAAGGAGAUCACUAAGAAUUAUAUAGAGCAUACGGGUUCAAGCCUGGCAGCGGAGGAAUUGUUUUCAGAUCUUACAUCUGGCUCUGAAGAAGAAACAUCAGCUCAGUCUAACUCCGAACAAGCUCGAAUUCGUCGUAUAAGUCGCGAUCAAUUGGCCGCGGCUCUUAGUCAAGUUGGGUCAGCUUCACUUAACUCUCUCUCGAAUAUUGCACAAAGAAAUACCAAUGCCAAUACUGACAACAGCGCAUCAACUUCUACAUCUUUACCUUCAGGAACAUCAUCAAGUCCUGUUCGAAUUUCUUCAAGUUUACUUAAUAAUGCAUUAAGAAAUGCUCUUUUAUCGGCAACUGCCGGGCAAACGCAAGAUUCAACGCGAACCGAAGGAAUCGAAACUGGUGAGAAUCAAUCAUCGGUUUCAAUGGAUACUUCAGAGGUGGCAAAUCAAGGAGGGGGAGGCAGUUCGGAAUUAAACAAUGCAAUCCAGAGAAAUCUAUUUGAAAGUGAAUUACAAAUUAUGCAUGAAGUUGGUUUAACCGAUGACACUAUAAAUUUACAAGCUUUGAUUUUAGCACGUGGUGAAGUUGAGGAGGCGAUUAAUUUUGUGUACAUGUGGAAUUCUUAAUUUAUUUCGAAAUAAUUUAUAACUUUUAAAUUGAGAUUUUUUAAGUACUGAAAUACAUUAAUUAUACAA